AUGCCAGAAGAUUACGGUGAACCGUGCUAUGUGGAGGCACACGGUGGAAAAAAUGAAGUGAUACUGUAUCGUACAAAAGCAGAUCCGAAUCUGGCGAUUGAGUUCUUCUUGAGGUCGUCGUCUCGUGACGGUCGUUCACGUUAUUAUCGAUGCACAAAGUGUUGGUAUUUGUACAAAAUGAAGCGUGGCACGUGUGCAACGCUGAUCGUUCGCGACGGUCGUAUUGUGACUGACCCGGAAAACCCCGUGGUACCGCACCAGUGCGAUNNNAGACGGCAAUCGAAUCUACCAAAAAGUAGUGAAUCUGCAGAAAACAAGAAGCUUUUGGAGUCUUUCGCAGCAUUUCGAGCCGGAAACUUGGGUGUUUUGGACGUUCGUAGUAUAUCCUCGCCAUCAACAUCUCAAGCUUCGUCUGAGCCGUCCGACAUGAAGGAACAAUCCGAGUCAAUGAUGUCAACAAAAAUGGACGAAAGCUCAAAUUCACCCUUGAACUCCUCAGUCUUCGUUCCGUGUACGUCUCGCAGUGCAGAGUUCGUCUCACUCUUAAACGCUGCGUUUUCGGAUUCGAUGCAGAAGAAGAAUGAGGACGCGUUGAAGAAAUUAUUGGAGGCCGUUAAAAUGAAAGAAGGAUUUGAUACUGAUGACGUGUCGUUGAUCGAUAACGCGUAUGCAUGUCAAAUGAACAAAAGUAACGAUCUUGCUGAUAAGAUAACGAUUUGUGAAGAGUGGCUGAAUACACUCAUUGAAAUAUUGCCCAUGCGCGAAACAGCCGAGGAAAUAAUAUCGACGAAAUUGGAUAUUCUUUUGAGUCUAUCGUUUAUAUGUGUUCAAUUUUGUGAUGUUUCAAAUGAGGAGGCAUCGCAGUUCGUUGAGGUUAGUCGUAUUCGUUGA